UUUGUUGUUGUUGUUGUUGUUGUUGUUAACUAAAACAAAAUCGUCGUACGGACAUAAUUAAGCCUUAUAUAAGACACAGUGAUUCUAAUGACUACUAUAUAAAUUUUUUAUUAAAUUAUCACAGACAAACCGAUUGUUGUCGUUACCAAAAAUAAUGUAUAAUUAUACCUAGAGUAUCAUUAUACUUCUUUAUAAGAAUAAUCAUAAUUUUAUUAAGAAGUAACAAACAACUGAGGCCAAGCAGUAUAAUUAUUUGGGUUUAAAUGGCGCCAGUUUAUUUUAUUUUGAAGAAUAACGGUUAUAGUGCUUCUUUAUUUUGGUGCGUUAUUGCGUGACUUCACAUAGCGAGUGCUGUUCACUGUCCUAUGGUUCAGACUCGCUGGCUGGCGGAGAAGUAAAGUGGAGCAGUGAUGGUCAGUAUACAGCACCUUGGGGCGGCGGUUUCAGUGCUGCUGCUCUGUGAGGCGAUGUGUUUUGCACACGCAGAUAAGAGUAUUGAAGAUGUGUGUUGCAAAUGCAUUUGUCCUCCAUAUCGAAACAUCAGCGGCCACAUCUACAGCAACAGGAACGUCACCCAAAAGGACUGUAACUGUCUGCAUAUAGUGGUUCCCAUGCCUGUGCCUGGUCAUGAUGUGGAGGCUUAUUGUCUGCUUUGUGAGUGCAAGUAUGAGGAGCGAAGCAGCAAUACCAUCAAGAUAACCAUAAUCAUCUACCUGUCUGUGGUCGGUGCUCUUCUACUGUACAUGCUGUUCUUGCUUUUGGUGGACCCUCUGAUCCGCAAACGUGAUCCCUACAGACAACCUCUGCAGAAUGAGGAUGAUGCUGAGAAUGUGAGGGCUCCAGGCCGAGGGAACACUGUGCUGGAGCGAGUGGAAGGGGCUCAGCAGCGCUGGAAGAAACAGGUUCAAGAGCAGCGCAAGACUGUGUUCGAUCGCCACAAAUUGCUUAGCUAAGCUCUCAGUUACAGUGACCCUCAAAGCAAAGGCAAGCUCUCCCUCCUGUGUUUCAUGAUUGAUUGAUUGAUUGAUUUGAUUAAUUUUUUUUAACAAUGGGACCAUAUAUGGCUUUUGUUCUCAGUUAGAUUUUUUGCAUAGCAUUCUGUUUGCUAUUUGAAGCUCAAUUUAAAUUCAUGUGCCUAAAAUUAUAUUAAACUGAAAUUAUUAGCCUUGUUGUAUAACAUGGAGAAUUACUUAAUGGCUGUUUAGCUUACACUUGUAUUUUAUAUUGUUAAAAAUUGACGGACUUGCAAAGUAAUGUGAAUUUGGGGAACACUGACAUUCUCAGCUUUUCUUCUAAACAAAAUCCAAGUAGAAACUGCUUUUCUUCAUUUAGGACCUUUUGUAGAUAAGAUAUCAGUGACUGUGUUUUAGGAUAUGCAAAGAUUUGCCAUUCCUAAUGUCAUGUAAGUGGUGACUGAUUUCACACCAAAUAUAAUCUGAUUGCACUGAAUAUUGCACUGAAGAUUGUUUUGCACUUCUGUACUUUGUGAUGUGUUAGAGUUCUUAUGGUGGUUUUGCAUUUCAGAUAAAACCUAUGGAUUUUGUUUGCAUAAUUUAUCUAAUAUAUUUUGAUAACUUAUUUUAACAGGUAUUAUUCUGCUAAGACAUUCUGCUUAGCUCUGUUGGCAAGAUUGCCUUUAUUUAUUUUUUACAUGUAAGCUUUAUAUUAAGUUACAAGUUUAUUUGUUAUGCCUAGCUUAUAGUUAAUUAUUGGCAGCUUUACUUGGGUACAUCUAACAUAUCUGAGGAAUUUUGCACAUGCUGUUUAUGGGUAUACUGUUUAAUUGCUGUUGUUAUGUACAAUUUCUGAGCCUCCUCUACGCUGUUCUUCAGUUGAAAAGGUCCACCAUACACUUUGCCCCUUGAGGGAGUUCAUAUGUUAUUUGUAGAACUCUACAACAUUAUUUUCCUUUUAGAACAGGUUCUAAAUCAAACCUGUGUUUGAUAGAAUCCUUAAAUAUCUAAUGAAUCUGUGAAGAUCCCUUUUGUUUUCUAAGAGUGUAGGACCCCCAGUCAUAAUGGUAUGAUGAUGUGUAGUUCUGCUGUCCUUGAUAUACUUGUACCAAUGCCUUGUUUCUGUGACGGUGGAAUGAAUUGUGCAUGAUGACAGUAAUUAUGUUCUCAUUAUUAUGUACCCAUUAAAAAUGGUUGCUGAGUGUAGGUGCAAGGGAGAUGUACCCGAUAAACAUGAGAUUAAUAAACUUGAGUGUAUGUCACUGUUCUAUUUCAGGAAAUAUAUUUCCAUGUGUUGUAUUCUACUUGCAUUGAGAAAUUAAAUAAACACAAUCUUUGAAAGUUGUA